AUGGUUCUCAUGCGCCACGAGAUCAAACCCGACUUCAAACAUCCCAUCGACCCUCUACCUUCAUCUCAUGAGUCGCAAUCAAGUCGCGAUCCCUCACCACCACCCUACACCCCGAGCGCCUCAUCCUCAGGAUCACGAUACGCACCCUCACUAGCAUCCGUCCCACCGCCUUCUCAUCACCAGAGAACAGAAACAGAAGGUCCAAUCCCACUUUCCACUUCGCCUCGUACAGAACUUCCUUCGAUAAGCUCAAAAAAACCAUUAAGCCUUGUCGGACCGCUCACAGUCCGCGGAUCUAUCGAAUGCUCGUCUACCGUCACGUUAUCAGACGAUGUAGAAGUGACAUCCAGCGUCCAAUCUGGCGGCCCUUUGAAGUUAAUCAACGGUAUUAAUAUCCUCGGAGGAGUUGAAGGACGAGCGGACGUUGAUUUGAGUGAUUCCGUUACGAUCGGAGGGGGUGUUGAGGCACGUGCGAAUGUGAGAAUCAAAGGUGGAGCUAAAGGCGUAAGAAUUGGAGGGGGUUUAGAUGCGCGAGCUGUUGUUGAUAUUGACAGUGGUAGCGGAAGCGUGGUGGUAGGUGGAGAGAUUGAUGGGAGGUCAAACGUGAAUUUGAGAGGGAGAAUUGACGUUUUGGGGGAUGUGAGUGCGCGUGGUGGCGUUGUGCUUGACGGAUCGGUGUUUGUUAAGGGAUGUGUGGAUAGUAGAGGGGGUAUUGAGAUUAAGAGUCGAGGCGAGUACAGAUUGCAGGUUCAAGGCAAAGUAGAUGCACACGGGAGUAUUUCGUUAGAUGGGUUGAUCGACGUCGAUCGGUUCGUGAGUGCAAAAGGAAAUGUGAAGAUUGAUGGUGAGGUGAGGAUUAGAGAAAGUGUCGAAGCGAGAGGAAAUGCGGAUGUCUAUGGGAAUGUGGAGACUGGCGACUUCAGUACUCGUGGAAAUCUAACGGUCAGAGGAAAGCUGCAUGUGAGAGGUGACUUGGAAGUUAGAGGUCAAGUCAAUGUGAUUGGAAGCGGGGAUUUGAUUGUGGAUGGGAGAUACAAGACUAAAGGCAGAUGA